AGCAGAUCGACGGUCGUCCCCUCCUCUGACCCAGUGGCCCGGAUGGAGGCGGCCGUAGUGCUCCGCCAGUCUACACUCGACCGUCCUUGCCAUGGUGUCUACCGGAGUACUCGUCCUAGCCGGGGUCGCCGUCCUGGCAACGCUCGGAGGAGUUCGCGCCCAGGCUGGCAUCUCAGAUAUAUUCUCCUGGGGCCUGGACUACAUAGAUCCAGAAGCCAAAAGUGGGGAGAAGGAAGAAAGCACUUCCUCGCUGGCCUCUAGAGAGUGCAAAUGUGAGGGGAUGAUCUGCAAUUGCUGUGUAAACUUCAACGUCACCUUCAUAGACUUGGGAGGUCCAGGUUGUGUGAAGUUGAAGUAUCUGUCUCAAACUGAUGGUCUGAUGAUGAACGUCUCGUAUGGAGACAGUGUGCUCCACAGCGAACAAGUCAAAGCCUCCAACCCAGAGCCAUCCUGCAUCGACCUCCUGUCGGACCUUGCCCAGGUUUGCGCCAGGUUUACAGAGUUGGUCCCAGAGGGCGACGGCCUACGAGGUUGUGUCGUCAUGGAACCCACCCUCCUGGGUGACGUCCAGACCCAGUAUCCCGUGGGAUGCUACAAGAUGGGUCCAACUGGGAUGAGCGAGGAUACAACAAGGGAGCCUGUACUCAGCUCGAGUGAGGAACAGUCCAACGAGGAGUCGGCUGAAGGAGAAGGAACAACUGACAAACCAGACUCUGAGGAAGCUCUGAUCAACGCUGUCAACGAAAGUGCUGAGGAAGGAAUAGCCUGGUUGACCGGAUUGUUGGGUCUCAACUUCGGCAGCGGUAACAAAAAGCCUGCUGAGUCUACUGACGCCACUACCCCCAAUGCCGCCCCCAAUGCCGCCCCCAACGCUGCCCCCGCGCAGAAGGCCGCUCCUGCACCUCCACAGAGGCAACGUAGCCUCAAUGCUAUCCCUGUGUAA